AGUUACGAGAAUUGUCAACAGAUGGUGCUACAUAAUUGGUUUAUGCCAUAAAGAAUCAAAGAUGUCUGUCACGUAUGAUUUCAAUCCAAGAUCUGUACAGUCCUUGGGUCGACGCGACUAGCGUAGAGAUUUUUCUUUCGUUAUGAGAAAUGUUUGAGUGGAUUUCACAAUUGUCUGUGCGCGCGUCCACGACGAAAAAUGCGGAAUUUUCACGGUCGCCGCAUCUAAUAACGCGUGCGCAUUCAGUAUAUCUGCGUAUCGAAAAAUUAUAGCCCCUAGUCGCCUAAUAGUUUCGGCCUAAUCGCACCAAUUUCUCGUUGAUUUCUCCAGUGAGAUUUUGUUCUUUCUGCUUUCACAUCCUAAAGAGUUGCACAAUAUUCAAUAUCGAGAUGUCUGAUGAUACGAGUGUACGCGUUGCCGUACGAAUAAGGCCUCAAGUAGCACGUGAAGUAAUUGACAUGUGUAGAAUUUGUACUCAAGUACCUCCAGGAGAACCCCAAGUCUUUCUUGGACCAGACAAGGCCUUUACAUAUGACUAUGUUUUUGAUACUGGUGUUGGACAAAGCACAAUUCAUGAAACAUGUGUUGCACGUUUGGUAGAAGGUGCAUUAGAUGGAUAUAAUGCAACUGUUCUUGCAUAUGGUCAAACUGGGUCUGGCAAAACAUAUACUAUGGGUACUGGAUUUGAUGUGGAAGUAGGUGAAGCUGUAGUUGGAAUUAUUCCAAGAGCUAUUAGACACCUGUUCAAUGGUAUUGCGGAAAAACAACAGCAGGCUAGAGAACGUGCACAAAUGCCUCCGGAAUUUAAGGUUACUGCACAAUUUUUGGAAUUGUAUAAUGAGGACUUAAAAGAUUUACUAGGACCUGGUGGUCCUAGGGGUGGUGCUCGUAUUCAUGAAGAUCCCUCGGGCAAUAUUCAUUUAGCUGGAGUAGAACCACGAAUUGUUACUAGUCCAGAGGAAGCAUUGGAGUAUUUAAGAUUAGGAGCAUUGUCACGUACAACUGGAUCUACCCAAAUGAAUACCCAGUCAUCAAGAUCACAUGCAAUAUUUACACUAUAUAUAAAGCAGCAAAGAUAUGUAAAAGUUGAAGAUCCAGAUGCUGAUGUCGAUACAAGUGGCUCUGAACCUGCUGGUGAAUUUGAAACUUUAACUGCAAAAUUUCAUUUUGUAGAUUUAGCUGGAUCAGAAAGGCUAAAAAGAACUGGUGCUACUGGAGAUAGAGCAAAAGAAGGGAUUUCUAUAAAUUGUGGAUUGUUGGCUUUAGGUAAUGUAAUUUCUGCACUUGGCGAUAAGACGAAAAGAGCUUUACAUGUACCAUACAGAGAUUCAAAGCUAACAAGGCUGCUUCAAGAUUCACUAGGAGGUAACAGUCAAACUGUUAUGAUAGCCUGUGUAUCACCAAGUGAUAGAGAUUUUAUGGAAACUUUAAGUACUCUGAAGUAUGCAAACAGAGCAAGGAACAUAAAGAAUAAAGUUACAAUUAAUCAAGAUAAGAGUUCAAGAACAAUUGCUUCUCUUAGAAGAGAAAUACAGCAGCUUCAAUUAGAAUUAAUGGAAUAUAGGCAAGGAAAAAGAGUUGUUGGUGAAGAUGGUAUAAACGAUGCUUGGCAUGAAAAUCAAAUGUUGAACAGUGAAUUACAGAGUCUUCGUACUAGAGUAAAAGCCCUUUCAGAAACAGUUGAAGCAUUGACAGCAAAGAAUGUUCUUCUGCAGGCAGAAAAAGAUACCGGUCAAUGGUUGUCAUCAACAGGUGAAAAUCCUGAAGUGACGAGUUUAAUACAAGGAUAUUUGCAAGAAAUAGAAGAACUAAGAGCUCGUCUUUUAGAAGCAGAAGCAAUGUAUCAGCAAUUGAAGAAACGUCAAAUACAGGUUAAUGCCGCCAAUCCCUAUGGUGAUUCUGGAUACAUAUUUCAUAGUGACUCUACAUCAGUAUUAAAUGAUGCUAAGAAAGAACUACAAAAAGAAAUUGAAACAUUAACUGCAUUAAAGGAACAGCAUGGACAUACUUCCAAUAUUGCUGGGAAAACAGGAGAUGAAACAGAAGGUGAUGAUACAGAAGCAGGGCAGGAUUCUGUAAGCGAAGAUGAUUCAGAUGAUGAUUCCGAUAGAAAAGAAGAAGACGAAGAAGAAGCAGCUAUGGGUCGUGAAUUGGAAGCUUUAACGUCAGAUAUUGAUGUAAAACAACGACUAAUACAAGAACUUGAACUUUCUCAACGACGUUUACAAACUAUGAAGCAACAUUACGAAGAUAAACUUGCUCAAUUACAAGCUCGUAUCAGAAAUACCCAAGAAGAAAGAGAUAAGGUGUUGCAAUCAUUACAACAACAACCAAUUCCACCAACAGAAAAAGUGAAAAAAUUACGCGAUGAAUAUGAAAAGAAACUUUCUGCUAUGCAAAAAGAAGUACGACUUUUGCAAUCUGCAAAAAAGGAACAUGCGAGGCUACUUAAGAGUCAAUCUCAGAAUGAAAACAGGUUAAGAGGGCUUCGAAAUGAACUGGCAGAAAUGAAGCGAGCAAAAGUAAAACUUCUGAAUAAAAUGCGCGAAGAAGCACAGAGACAUAAAGAAAAUGAGUUGAGACGUAAUAGAGAAAUAGCACAAUUGCGUAAGGAAAGUAGGAAGAAUGCAAAUACGAUUCGAACGCUUGAGGCAGAUAAAAGAAUGAAAGAAGUAGUUCUUAGACGUAAACAAGAAGAAGUUUCAGCGUUAAGAAAACGAGACAGAGGUCUAAGCCAAAAGGCUGCCGGUAGAGCACCGCCUAAACCAAUUAACCCGAAAGCAUUAAAACAAAGGUGGCAAACAUUUGAAAGAACCAUUGCCAAGCAAGCAUUGGCUAAGCAGGCAGCUGCAGAAACGGAGAGAGAAAUGGAAAGACUUCUUCAGGAACGAGAAGAACUAGGUAGAGAACUUGAAAAACUUCAAAAACACAGAAAUGUUAUAGAAAGUUCGAGAGGUGACACAAUCGACAUAGAUGAAGAAAUUGAUAAUGUGAGAAGUAAAAUUAGCUAUCUACAGGAUAGUAUCUCUGAAUGCCAACGUGAUAUGAUGGAAAUGGGAGAUGGUGAAGGCGAAGGGGAACCUGGUGUUGAAGCUCUUAUAUCAACGAUUCAGUCGGUAGAUGAGGCUCAAUAUUUAUUACAAAGAAUGCUAGCUUUUACUGUCGAGCAAAGUUGCGUGGCUGCACAAAAGCAGCUUGAAGUCCGAGACAUGGAAUCAAGACUAAAUCAAGUUGCGCAAGAAAGUGAUGUGCAACAUCAAUUAUUGGAGCACGUGUUGCGAGACAGAGAUCUUUUAUCGCUUACGAAUAAUCAUAGUACUAUGAAUUAUAGUCCACCUAGUUCUAGGAGUUCAUCACCAGAUAAUGAAAAUUACACUCAAGUUAUUGUUGGAGAGGAAAAACAACGUAAUAAUAAAGUACGCAGAAGGACUACACAACCUCAAGAGCUCCUUUAUGGAGUUCAAGCUAAUCCAGAUAAUUUAAAGACAGAAGAACAAAAUCAAAGUCAUAAUCAUCCACUUACGAGGGUGCCUAGUGCACCUGGUAGUUUAAAAGGAUUGGUUUUAACCAGAAGUCAUGGUAGCAUAAGUGGUGGAUCCCCUACUCUAAGUCGACGUGAUAGUACAUCGCCAAGGCCGCUGCGACGACCGCUUCAUCCUGGUGGAGGCUCCAUGGAACAAGUAGCACAUACAGAUGUGUCAUCACCUCCUGGAUCUCCGACUACGUACCGACGGUUCAAUAGUCGAGAAGAAAACGUUUUCUCUAGACUAACUGCAAGUAGACAACCAACAUCUACAGAUCCACAACCUAUGAAAGGAAUUAUUUCUCAAUAUCAAGGCAAGACACAGCCACGAGCUGUUUUGCAAUGCACUCACGUUGCCGAAGGACAUAGCAAAGCAGUACUGACUAUAUGUGUAACUUCUGAUUUGCUCUUCAGUGGUUCAAAAGAUCGAACUGUCAAAGUAUGGGAUUUAGGGACAGGAAUAGAGAAUCUCACAUUAAGUGGUCAUCCGAACAAUGUCGUAGCGGUGAAAUAUUCACCAAUGCAUAAUUUAUUAUUCAGUGUUUCUUCAGCAUAUGUAAAAGUUUGGGAUUUGCGUACAGGAAACAGCUGCGUGAAAACUUUAUUUUCAUCUGGUCAAGCUCAAAGUGGACCACUCGCAUUAUCAACUCCAUCUAGAGUACUUCAAGUUCCUGUUGGUGAAACAACUAUCAAUGAUUUAGUGCUCAGUAUAGAUGAGCAAGAAUUAUAUACCGCGUCUAGCGAUAAAGUCAGAGUAUGGGAUCUCCGUAAAUUAACACACACUGGAAGAUUAAGUACACCACAUACGGCAGCAGUAAUGUGUUUAGCUGUCGCAGAUGAUGGAAGGGUGAUAACAGGUAGCAAAGAUCAUCUGAUAUCUCUUGUUGAACCAAAUGCAUCUGGGCAAUCGGUCAGUCUGGCACCUCCACAUUAUGAUGGUGUUCAAUGUUUGACAACUUACGAAUCGACAUUGUUUUCUGGAUCAAGGGAUAUGUGUAUUAAACGAUGGGAUUUGAGCAGAAUGGAAUUAGUUCAAUCAUUAAAUAAUGCUCACAAAGAUUGGAUCUUGGGUUUGUGUAUGAUUAAUAAUGGAUCUAUAAUGAUAUCUGGAUGCAGAGGGGGUGUUUUAAAAGCCUGGUCUGUACCAAAGGAUCAAGCAGAAUGUAUUCCAAUAGGAGAAGUUCGAGCACACGGUACUGCUAUCAAUGCUGUAACAACUAAUCAGCAACACGUUUUUACUGCAAGCAACUCUGGAGAGGUGAAGCUGUGGCGUAUUCCCGAUUCCUCAUUAUCCAUGUCUAUUUCCACAGUUUCCCUUUAACUUAUUUUACUAUUUUGCUGCAUAAUAUUCCUUUGCAUUUAUAAUUCGUUGAUGUGGUAAUGCGCAUGCUUGUCCACUCAGCUGUUUUAUAAAAGUGUGUGGACAUGUUUAUCAUAAAUACAUACCAUGAAUUUUAUUUGAUAAAAUUUUAACUUUUCAGCUGGUAAAUAUUUAUAAAAAAAACGGACAACAGUUCGUUUGCUUACGCACCUACAUACUUGUUUAUUAUAAUUUCGAAAUUAUUAUUCCAUACAAUGAAAAAAUAAAUCAUAAAAUAAUAGUAAUUUUAAUUUUCUGCCUCAAACGCUUUGAUAUGUAAUUACCAUCGAAUGUAAUGAAAAUCGGAAAUGCGCUUUAAAUUUCUGUAAAAUUGUUUAUUGAUAUUACAUGGUAGAUUAGUUAUUGAACAUGAAAGAAUAACUUAAUGAUAUUUCUUUAAAAUUUCAUAUUUCUUUUACCGAUCAAUUCUCAUUCGUUUCUAUCAAAGCUGUGUGUAUUGCUUUUUGAAAGUAUUUAUGCAAGUUUUUAGCAAAAAUUUGUCAUUAAUAGUGUGGUUGCAGUUAUGAAUGUAUUCUAUGUAAAACAUUUGUUUGUUUGAAUGAAGUUGUAGUAGAAAAUAAUACUUGUCAUAAUCAUUGACUUGUAUAAGUUAACGAAUAUGAAAAUUUAAUUUAAUUUCUUGUAUUACUUUGCUUCUAUGUUAUUUACACUCCAAUAUGGUGCAUGCAAUAUGAUGUCGAC